UUGCACUCCCUCCGGCAUCCUCAACCUGCUUACUACCAUGGCACGAUCCCCAUCUCGCUCUCGCUCUCGAUCUUGCUCGCGGUCUAGGUCGCUGGGCCGCGCGCGCACCGUCUCCAUGUCCCCCGCCCGCUCAUCCACGCCCGAGGACACAGCGUGUCCCUUUCUCAUCCGCAUGUUUGUGACGCGCAAGCACACCGCUCUUCGCGACUUUGACGAUAACCGCCUGCCGACGCGGGACGAGUACCAUGUCUAUGGCUUGAAAUCCUCCACCCCAACAUCGCUCGUGCAGCAGCUCUACGCCGUCCUCCCGGCGCCUUACCGCUCCCCAGUCGCCCGCUAUUCGUUCAAGCACGUAUACGUCGACGCCUCCGAGGCCGGCUUGUACAAAGCACGCGAGAUGGUGUCGUUCACAGGGCGGGAGUUUGAGGCGACUGUUGGCGGAGAAGGACGCGGCGUGGCGGAGGAGACACUGGACGAGUACGGGUUCAUCAAGGGCGACUUGAUCAGCGUGGCGGUCAAUAUUCCGGAGCCUUCUCGACGCGCAGAAGGGCGUGAGCGCGAGCACGCCCACGCCCGCGAGCUACCACGAGACGUGCAUCGUCGGCCGCAACCGGCGCGCGGAGGAUGGCGGCGCGACGAGGGUCGUGAUGCCCGCACCGGACCGGACAGCGAGCGCUGGGGCCGCCGCAGCCGGAGUCCGGUGGGGCGGCGGGACAGCUGGCGCGGGAGGGCGUAGCGCCUGUGCUCCCGAUAUGACGCAGCGCGCGGCGUGGAGGCGUGGAUCAGUGAGUCACCGCAUUUCUGUGCGGUUUAUGCGGCGAGAGUCGUCCCGUUGAGCCUCCGACACUGUGAGGUUUGGAGGUCUAAGGACGCAGAUAUAUCUUGGCAGGUAGGCUAUGCGGUAGGAGCUUGAGGAGGGCAUGGAGUAUGAAACGACGUAUGGCGAUGCGACAAUGACGGG